AUGGCGGCUUAUGGAGCUCUGGUUUCUCUUAUGCAUAUCAUAGAUCGCCUUGAAAAACAUCCUUCCCCUCCAAUUUCUAUCGACAAACAGCAAGUUGAAUCUCUCACUCAAAAUGUUACCUUCUUGCAGGAUUUUCUUGAUGCUUAUAUUUCCCCAGUUGUGGAUGGCCAUGAAGCGGAUCCAUUGGAGCGUCGCAUUGCUGAUGCAGUUUAUGCAGCUGAGGAUGUCAUCGAAUCCCAAAUUGUGCUUCAAAUUCAUAACCGAUCCACAAUUCGUGGGAAGAUGUCCAGUUUUAUCAAAUUGUUUCGAGCUCGGUGCAAAUGCGCAACUAUUGAUAGAAAUGAAUUCUAUCACGAUCUGCAACAAGUGAUAGAAGAAAUGAAUUCGAUCUCAACCGCAGCUGAUCAACUGCAGAGAAAGGUUUCCUCAACACAUGCUGCCUCCUCUUCCACUGUUAUCAAGAAGGAUGUCUUGGAGAUUGUUGCCGCAGCUCAACUGCCGAGAAAGGUCUCCUCAACUCAUGCUGCCUCCUCUUCCUAUGUGAAGGAAAGCAUGAUGGUGGGCUUCAAGGAGGUGUUACUUGAAGUGCUGGAUAAGCUCACCGGAGGCCAACGCAGUCGCCAAAUCAUCCCAAUCAUGGGGAUGGGCGGCAUUGGUAAGACCACUCUUGCCCGACAUCUAUUUGAGCAUGCGCUUGUUAAAGAGCAUUUUGAUAUUUGUGCUUGGACUACAAUUUCUCAAACUUAUAAUGUCAGAGAAACACUUAGAGAAGUUCUUUUCCAAGCAAGUGGGGAUUCGGGUAGUGAUCUGAAUGAGGUUGAAUUGGGAGAAAAAUUGUAUAAGUAUUUAUACGAUAGGAGGUAUCUCAUAAUUAUGGAUGAUAUGUGGAGUAUAGAGGUGUGGGACAAGAUCAGGUCUUCCUUUCCUGAUUGCAAUGAUGGGAGUCGAAUCAUUGUAACAACUAGGCUGUCAAACUUGACUUCGCAGUUGAGAGAGUCUUAUGGCGUUGGUAUGAAAUUUCUAGAUGAGGCUAGUAGUUGGGAUUUGUUCACCAACAUUGUGUUUGGGGGAGAAAGUUUCCCUCAUGAGUUGGAGAACAUUGGAAAGAAUAUUGUAGCAAAUUGUAAAGGGCUUCCUUUAUCAAUUGCUACAAUUGGAGGUCUUUUGGCAAAAUCUGAGCGUGCAAGAGAAUAUUGGGUGCGUAUAGAGCAAAAUUUAAAUUCAAUUGUGAUUACGAAUAAUGAUGAAUUUUGCUUGAAAAUAUUGCGAUUGAGCUAUACCUAUCUGCCCAACUAUUUGAAGCCAUGUUUUUUGUAUAUGGGUGUUUUUGAGGAAGAUCGUAGAAUUCGUGUCUCAAUGCUGAAGAAGCUAUGGGUUUCUGAAGGAUUUUUGAAACCCGUGAGUGGAAAAUGUUUGGAAACAAUAGCAAAAGAGUACUUGAAGGAGUUGGUAGAUAGAAAUCUGAUUUUAGUUGAUGAGUUGGGGGAGUUUAGUGGAAAUAUAAAGUUUUGUAAGAUUCAUGAUUUGUUGAGAGACUUAUGCUUGAAAGAAGUUGAAAAAGAGAGGUUUUAUGAUAUCAUAGAAAAGUCUCCUUCAGUAAUAGACAAUGAACGCCGUCGGGUUGUUUUUCAAAAUGUUGGAAGAGGGGUAAUAAGUGAAGUCUCGAGAUCUUUGUCACAUGUUCGUUCUAUAAUAUGUGAUGGGAAUAGCUUUGUAAGGCCUCACAAUUUCAGAUUGUUGAGAACAUUCAGAGCACAUGAUACUGAUAGUUAUCUAUUUGGAGGUAGCAGUGUUCAUUUCCUAGGCGAUGUUUUGCAAUUGGUGAACUCACGGCACCUUGCUGUUACAGUUAAUAGGAAGUCCAAAUUCCCGUCUUCAAUCAAUUUGCUUUGGAAUCUAUAUACGUUAAUAGUUCAGCUGUUUACAUUCCCGUCUUCAAUCAUUGCACCGAUUGAGAUUUGGAAAUUGCAUCAACUUAGGCAUCUCGAGUUUGUGGGAGGGGCAUUGAUUCUCCCAGAUCCUCCGAGUGAGAUGGUUAUGAUGGAGAAUCUACAAACGCUGAGAGGAGCAAAGAAUUUGUAUUUGAAUGAGGAUGUGGUUAAAAGAAUCCCCAAUGUGAAGAAACUGCAUCUAAUUUACGAUGCCAAAGAAAUGGAGGGUUGUCUCAUCAAGAGUUUGAGUGAAUUGAAACAAAUGGAGAGAGCAAACUGUUUGAGCUAUCUUGAGUGUCUGAGUAAAUUGGAAAAAUUGUACUGCCACUUCUCUUUUGAUUGUGGAUAUGAAGAGUAUUUGCAGAGGAUUAGUUUUCCACACUCCCUCAAGAAGUUGACGUUAUAUCUCGAUUUUGAUCUGGAAUUGGACGAGAUAUUGGAAAAGAUAGGGUGGUUGCCCCUUCUUCACAAGUUAGUAUUACAUCGUGGUACCUUCAAAACAGGCAAGUGGGACACUAUUGAGGGCCAAUUCCAGAGCCUCAAGCUACUAGAAUUGAACUUCUGUCAAGGUCUAAAAAGUUGGACGAUGGCAGAGAGCUCCCACUUUCGAGUUCUGCAGGAGCUUCGUCUUCGAAGUUUCGAUGAAUUGGAGGAGAUCCCUUCCGAAGUUGGUGAGAUACCAACGCUGAAAUCAAUUUAUUUGGAAGAUUGCAGUGAAUCAGCGGUAGAGUCAGCUAAAAAGAUAGUACAAGAACAAGAGGAUUUCCAAGGAGACCAACUAGACCUUCAUGUUCGAGCUGUGGUUCCAAAACGACACGAAAGACUGCAGAGCUUAGCAAGUCCCAACUUUGAAGUUACAGUGAGAGGUUAA